AUGGCCCAUGGGCUAGAGCUCCUGUUGCCUCUGCUGCUGGGACAGUUCUGCUCCCAGUUCCUGGAAACCUCUGGGGUUAGUAUGCAGAAACACCGGGAUCUGCAGACAGGCAAUGGCAGCUGGGGACUGGAAGAAACACAGGAUAAUGGCUCAGUGGUGUCUGCUCACACACUCUUCUUCUCUCUGGACUACCAGCAUGUGCAGGUCCCUUUCGAGAUCACACUCUGGAUUAUGUUAGCUUCUCUGGCAAAGAUAGGAUUUCACCUCUAUAAUAAGAUGCCCACAGUUGUACCUGAAAGCUGCCUCUUGAUAUUUGUAGGUCUCAUCAUGGGAGGACUAAUUUACACUUUAAAUGACAAAUCCCCACCGGUCAUGGACAGUGACAUAUUUUUCCUGUACUUACUUCCACCGAUAGUCCUUGAGGCAGGAUAUUUUAUGCCCAGUCGGCUCUUUUUUGAGAAUAUAGGCACCAUUCUGUUGUACGCUGUUGUUGGAACUAUGUGGAAUGCAUUUGGAAUAGGCCUUUCCCUUUAUGGUAUAUGUCAGGUGAAGCACUUCAAUCUUCAAGAUGUGUCAUUGCUCCAUAAUCUUUGGUUUGGUAGUUUGAUUGCUGCAGUAGAUCCUGUGGCUGUACUCUCUGUAUUUGAAGAAAUUCAUGUGAAUGAGAAGCUUCAUAUUUUGGUAUUUGGAGAAUCCCUCCUUAACGAUGCUGUUACUGUUGUACUCUAUAAGCUGUUCAACUCUUUCUGUGAAAUGUCCUCUAUAAAACUGGUGGAUAUUUUGGCUGCGAUAGGAAAAUUUUUUUUGGUUGGAAUGGGAGGAGUUUUCAUCGGGAUCCUGUUUGGAAUAUUCGCUGCCUUUACCACCCGCUUUACCAAGACCAUCCGGGUCAUCGAACCCCUCUUUGUCUUCUUAUAUAGUUACCUCUCCUACUUGACAGCUGAAAUGUUCCAUCUCUCAGGGAUUGUGGCAAUUAUUACCUGUGCUAUGAGCAUGAAACGCUACGUGGAAGCUAACAUUUCUCAGAAGUCCCAUACUACCAUCAAGUACUUUAUGAAGAUGUGGAGCAGUGUUAGUGACACUCUUAUCUUCAUCUUCCUUGGUGUUUCUACCAUUGGAAAUAACCAUGAAUGGAAUUGGCCUUACAUUUGUUUUACUGUUUUUUUUUGUCUUAUUUGGAGAGCAUUAGGAGUUCUUGUGCUGACUUUCUUCGUGAACAAAUGUCAUGUGAAUACAGUCACCAGAAAGGACCAGUUUAUUAUAGCCUACGGGGGAUUGAGGGGAGCGAUAUGCUUCUCCCUUGUUUUCCUGCUCCCAGAGUUUUCCAGAAAGAAGCUCUUCAUUGCAGCAACCACCGUUGUGAUCUUCUUUACUGUUUUCAUACAGGCUCCAGCAUAUAACAGGUACACCCUUCCAGGAGAAACAGAAACAGCAGAACAGGCAAAGGAAAUUCUCAUUUGGCGACACAAGAGCCUGCGACUGAGUCUUUCUCGAAGUGACUCCAAUAGGUCUCAAAUGGAGAUAGCGUCGCAGACCUAA